GUUAAACGAGUCAUCUUCUAUAGACUCACCGACGCAACUCGCAAUGUCUUCGAGUCAGUCAUCGUCCCCAAGCUCAAAGCCUCUCUCUCCUCAUCCCUCUCCCACUAUCUCCCACUGGCUGGCAAACUCGUUUGGGAACAACUAGACCCCAAACCGAGCAUCAUCUUCUCUCCAAAUGACGCCGUCUCAUUCACCGUCGCCGAGUCAACAGCUGAUUUCUCUAGUUUAUCCGGCAACUUACCGUUCUUCUCCAUUGAAUUAUACCCGUUAGUCCCCGAGUUAAGUGUCUCCGACGAGUCAGCCUCCGCCGUGUCGUUUCAAGUCACGUUAUUUCCAAACCAAGGGUUUUGCAUUGGCGUAAACGUACACCAUGCAGUUUUGGAUGGAAAAACGACAACCAUGUUUCUCAAAUCCUGGGCUCGCAAAUGCAAAGAAGAAGAAGCCGCACACACUUCCCUACCACAGGAUCUAACCCCAUUUUACGAUCGUGCCGUCAUAAAAAGUCCAAGGGAUUUGGAUACAGAGGUCUUAAACGUUUGGCACUCAUUAGCCAAAAUGUUCAGCGGCGGUAAAGAACCCGAAAAUCCCAAAAGCUUAAAGCUUCUGCCGUCGGGGGAGGUCGGUACUGACGUGACUCGAUACACUCUCAGUCUCACUAGAGAAGAUGUUGAGAAGCUUAGAGAGCGACUCAAGAGAGAAUCAUCUGUUUCCUCCUUAGCAACGAAGGAGCUUCGCUUAUCGACAUUUGUGGUAGUUUUCUCGUACGCAUGGACGGCUUUAAUCAAAGCCAAAGGCGGUGAUCAGGAGAGACUAGUCGGGUACGGAUUUGCGGUGGAUUGUCGAAGCCUCAUGGAUCCACCGGUUCCAUCGACUUAUUUUGGCAAUUGCAUUUCUGCUUGUUUUAAAACGCCCAUAAAGGCAGAGACGUUUAUGAGUGAAGAAGGGUUUUUGGCUGCUGCGACAUUAGUUAGUGAUUCGGUUGAGGCAUUGGACGAGAGUGUAGCAUGGAAGACUCCAGAGCUUUUGGAAGCAUUUGCGACUAUUCCACCAGGAGCACUACUUCUCUCCGUUUCAGGUUCGACCCGGUUUGGAGUAUACGGGUUGGAUUUCGGGUGGGGCAGACCGGAGAAAGUGGUGGUUGUGUCGAUUGAUCAAAGCGAAGCGAUUUCCAUGGCAGAGAGCAGAGAUGGAAAUGGUGGUGUGGAGGUUGGCUUCUCU